AUGGCGGCGGCCACCUCCGUGACUUGCUUGGUGUUGGUCCAGGGAAAGGAGGUCAAAGCACAGAGAAGGUUCUCAGGUCAAAACCAUAUGUCAUAGAAGCUUUGCGUGUGAUAUAGGGUUAGCGUGUUGAAGAUGGAAGGUUAUCUGGGCAAGUAAAUGUGUGAAACACACGUUAGAGUAGACAAGGCAAGAAGAAAGAUUUGAUAAGAUAAACAGAAAACAUGAAAGACAUUAGGAAUUGUUGAAAAGUGUCUGGGGGAUUGGGGGGGGGGAGGUGAAAUGUUGGAUAGUGAAAAUAUAAUUUGAUAAAAUACGUUUGAUACAAGGGAGGGAAAGCGAGAAGUUACAAAGAAGAGAAUCGUUAAUAGGUGUUGGAACGAGAGUUAAAAUAAGAAAAAAAAAUAAUAAAGUUGGGGGUUAAAUAUAUAUUAAAUAAAGAUAAAUAAAUAAAACAUGUGUCAAUCUUAUUUGUAAAAUAAGUUAGUUAAAAAUGAAAAAUUCUUAAGUAAAAAAAAAAAACAACUAAAAUUUUGAAAGAAAUGUUGAUUAUUAUGUUUUUUUGUUUUUCUACUUAAGUAAUUAUAAUAUUGAGCCCCUGGUAAGUAACUCAAAAGGCUCACCAAUUCCCUAAACUGUUGGAGUGUGUAUCUUGGACGCAUUUGAAGAAAGACCAUGUCUAGUUAAAUAAACAAUUACAUUUCUUUCACAAGUGUUCGGCUAUUUUGGAUUAAGGUCAACUGAUUACUGUAUCCAAAAAAAAAAAAAAAAAAUUAUAAACAAAGUUUUUUUUUUUUUUUUUUUUUUAAAAAAAAAAAAAAAGUAUAACCAAAGUUUUUUUGAUUUUUUUUUUUAAAUCCAAGUCUAAAUUCUAAACAUCGAAAAUCUCAUUCUUUCUUGUAAUACUUUAUGUGGCCAAUCGAAAGAGUUCAAAAAUAAUUUUCUAAGCCCUCUAAGUUUAGGUAAAAUUUUGCAGCCCAGGUAGCAAUACCUGUUGUUUGUUUGUAACGUUUUCAUUACUUUACACCUUGUCACUAACAACACCAUUCAGUUUCCUCUCACCUAUUUUAUGCAUUUUUUUUCUUUAAGCAGACAGUCUUCAGAUCCAACAGAGCCAGUACAGCGUCAGCGACUCAGCAGCAAUCGUUGAGUUUCAGAGUCAGAGGCGGCACUCGGAAUCCUCUGGUCAGUAUUCCCAGUGCAACGUCGACGCCGCGAUCACAAUCAGACGCCACAGCUCGCUCAGUAAACUCGAGGUUAAAAGCACACAGAGCUAUGCUAGGUUCAACCCUCUUGGGGUCAUGGGUUUCACCAGAGUUUUUCAACGAAACUCCUUAAACACUAAUGCGAGACAGUGCACACCAUCUCCUGGAAACAAGGAAUUGCCGAGGGUGGACCCGACAUCUAACGUCGAGUCUCAGACGAGGAGCAGCGAGGUGAAGAGGGCCAACCCCAUGCUGAGCCUUGCCAACAACUACGACGAGAACGUCAUGGGGAGGAACGAAUCCAGAGGCGUGAGGCGGAGCUCUAUCGUUCAGGCACUUCAGGCGCUGAAACGGAACUCCGGCAAGCGCCUCGGCACAAACCUCCAGGAGAAGGAAGGCGGCCUCCCGAAGGUGACGCCGCGAGUCAUCCGCAGAGCUUCCGUGCAAACCAGCGAGUCGAACGUUGUCAUCGCGAC